AUGACGAAUCGACUAUAUUUGUUGCUGGCGACUCUUGUAACGUCAUCACUUCAUCACACUUAUGAGACAUCUACUCAGCAUCCAUUUGUCACACCGAAUAACUCCAGUGAAAUCGUACUUACCUGUCCACCGGCUGAGUAUUUCAUUCAGGCUCAUAUGGCACCCGAUUUUGAGUCGCCACAUUUAGUUCGACGACUCGAUUGGUUUCAUGAUGAGACGCUAGUCGCGAGUUAUCAACAGGUCAGCGGUAUUUGCCCAUUUUUCUUCCAUGCUCCAUUGCUGCAGUCUUUCUUGAUUGUGCAAUUUUGUCUUUCCCUACCGUAA